AGACACUCACGCUCCGGGGACAGCAGCACCGAGGACCCCCCCCUCUCUAAAACCUCCACCUCCGGACCGACACCCUCAGAACUUCCCCCCGGAACCCGCUCAGGACCGGCCCAAAUCCCGCGGACAUGGGCUGCAGCCACAGUAAAAAGAAAAGCAAAGGCAAGAAGAGCGAGAAGAGGCCGAGCGCCGACGGAGACCCCGGCUGCGGCUCUGACCUGUGUCUGGAGAAGCAGCUGGAGAAGUUUGAGUGGCAGCUCCGGACGCUAAAGGAAGUGCUCUCGGCCAAUGGGAACGCGGCAAGGGCGGAGCUUCUGAAAGGCCACGCCCACGAGGAGGUGUGCGCCCUGGUCAACAGCAUCUUGGACAAGGUAAAAACAGAAACAACAGCAGAUUUAAAUGUUUUAUAUGAACAAAAAAGUAAAGCUGCUUCAGAAGAACAUGAGAGACAAAUGGAAGAGCUUCAAAAGGCCCACAAACGAGAAAUCACCGAGCUGACGGAGAAGUUCGAAGCUGCUGAAAAUGUUCUGAAGGGCCAGGUGGAGGCGCUGACGUCCGACCUGCAGGUUUACAACGAGCUGAAGAGGAGAGUGAAGGAGUCCACGCUAAAGAGGGACCUGAAGAGGAACAUCCAGGCCCACGGCAGCCCAGGUGCAUUCUGGGAGUCGGAGCAGGAGUCUCUGCUGUUUGUGAUUGAGAUGAAGGCGGAGCAGGUGGAGGAGCACAGGAGGAGGCUGCAGCAGAUGGACGCGCUGAGGCAGAAGAACCAGAGUCUGGAGGAGCAGCUGAUCCAGGAGCUGCAGCAGAACGAGGACCUGCAAGUUCGCUUUGACAACUGCCAGAGUUUCAUUCAGCAGUUGUCCAAGGAGCAGCAGGAGUUGAAGUUGGCCCUGGACCGUCAGCUGAGCCUGAACCAGCGCCUCUCUCAGGAAAAGGAGCAGCUCGUCUUCAAAAUCCGCCACCGGGACUCGUAUCCCAGCAUGCACCUGUCCGCCAUGGUCCCCGAGAUCGCCCCCCGGUGACCCCCGACCUCGCACCCUCGGCCAAUCGCAGACAGGACUGCUGCAAACGGGGGGCGGAGCUUCCACGCCCCUGUGUAAAGAGAAAGACUGGCCGCUGUACUGUGCCUUCAGAGCCUCGAACUGCAACUGUAAAGUCUGUAUUUACAUAAAAUACUUUUGUAAAGGUUUAAACACGGACACAAGAACAGUAUUUAACUCCCUUUAACCUCUAGUGCCGUAUUUUUGUACGAAAAUGUUCUAUUUUUGCAUCGAAAAAACUAUUCAAACAAGAUUUAAAGUUCCCACAUGACGCUAUUUUCUGAUCCACAUUAUAAUGUUUCGCCAUCACAAACGAAACCUGGAGUUGUUUUUUUGUUUAAUUCACACUCUGCGUAUUUAGACUGAGCUCUUCUCUCACGCAGAAAACGCUCUGUUCCACCUUGUGAUGUCAUGUGGUAAUACAGGAAGAGCUCCACUGUGUUUUUAAACUUUAUAGACGUUCAGAAUCGUCUAGAAUCAUAGUGCAGGAAUCAUUUGGAUGUUCUCAGUCUCUUCAAUUUCCAGUCUCUACUGAACAAAAAGUAAACUGUUUACAUGAAAACUACCACUAUAUGACAUCACAAAGUGGAACAGAGCAUUUUUUUUUUAAAAUAAUUUUUAGCUUUGGAGACAUAAACUACAAGGUUCUAUGGUCUUUUUCACACAACUACAGUGUUCUGUUAAAUUCUCAUUCGGCUAUUGUGAUCAUUUCCAAACGUUUGCGCCUUUUGUUUAAACGAGACGACAAUAAAUGCACUGAGAGUAGAGAUGUAACAGCAACCAAAAUAUCAUGAUACUGCAUCGUCAGAAGUCUCACAAUAAUAUUGUUAAAUGUCACAAUAUAUCGAAUCACAAGUUCCUUUGCUUAAAUACAUGGUUUAUAGGAGCAACAGCUUAUGAACAUCAGGAACUACAUAUCCCAUGAUUCAUUUCAGUGCAGACAACAUGAACAGAUGUUUUUAACUUGAAUUUUUGGGAUUAUGACGGUAAUAAUUCACACCAAAAUUUCAUUUUUUAAAAGCAGAAACGUGUCCCAUCUACAACUACAGCAGCCUCUCCAAAAUAUCGUGAUAAUAUCGUACCGAGAGAGAACCAGUCUGGCGCCACCUAGUGUCUCUGCUCAGGAAUCAGAUACACUAGACCAGGGGUGGCAAAACUCAAAUUCACAGAGGCCAAAAUUAAAAACUGGGACUAAGUCGUGGGCCAAACUAAAUAUUUAUUGAAAAAUUUCACCAACAUCUGCAUGUUUUCUCUUCUUUUGAGAUAUGUAAUGUUAAACCUUUUCUUAUUAAAAUAAAUGUUUAAUAAUAGUUUUGCUUAAACAUUGAAUCCAGAACAAACAUAAUAUAAAAUAAUAACAAUAUUUUAAAUAAAUAAUGUCUCGUUAGUCUAUUUUUAGCCGCCGGACCAUCUCUAAUACAUGUUUGAUAUGAUCUCGCGGGCCAAAUAUAAUUAUAUAUCGGGCCAAAUUUGGCCCCCGGGCCUGAGUCUGACAUGUCUGCACUAGACGGAAAUGUGAGUUCUGGCACCAGCCAAUCAGCGAAGAGUCAUACAUUCUGUGUUGGCAAUUCCUGAGAUUGAGGAUUUAAAGCCGGAACAAAGAGAAUGUUUGGACAAAAAUAGCAGUGAUUGGUUAAAUAAAAAAAAGUACCUGCCUACUGUCAAGAGAACGACUCCUAAUACUGUGAGGUCAGACGGUUUCCACGAAGUGAAACCGUCUGAUGAGUCUGGCUGACCGAGAGACGCAUAUCGUGAUAAUAUCGUACCGUCAGAUUUGGAUAUCGUUACAUCCCUAAUUGACAAUAUUUUGAAUGUUAAAAAACUAUAAAACCAAACCAUAAACUGAGUGGAAAGAGUUAACAUUUCAUAUUUCAUUUAGCCCUAAAAGUCUGAUCAGUAAAGUCAUGGAAAAUUCACUUUAGGUCAUGAAAAAUCUUGAAAGUUUUGAAAUUUUAUCAGUGAAAAAGAGCGGGACUGAAACAAAACACAACUCCAGGUCUGUUUUUGAUAAUAACAACAUUAUAACUCGACUUAAAGCUUAAAAACUGUGAAGGUGUGUCAAAGAACGUCUCAUUUUUAGACAUUUAAAGCCCAAAACUGCUUGUAUAGUUUUAAUUUCCGCGCAGAAAUCGACGCUGCUUUAUUGUUGUGCUUAGGGUUUAGGGCCACUAGGGGGAGCUCUCCCGUCUGUAAAUGCUUCAACAUGAGACAGAAAGGCAGCCCCAAAAAUUUUUCGUAGGCAAUACCUCCAAAAUAAAACUGUCGUAAGCAGUGAUCAUGGUUUCGUUUAUUUGUUUUCGCCGUUUUUAAGUUACUGUAUUAGAAAUUAAACUGUGUAAUUCCUCGUUCGUCCAAAGGAGUAAAAGUUUCAGCUGUUUUUUGUAUUUUUUUUAAGACUCCUUUUGAUAAUCUCAGACAGAAAACGGUCUAUUAUAGUUAAAGAUGCGCUGCGUAACUUGCUCGUUUCUAUGGGUACGUCACAGCUCGGCCUGGAAUGUUCCACAGUGUGACUUUAAACAGCUCGACUUUACAUUUAUUCAAUUACAGGUGGUUUUAUAGCUCAAAAAUGCUCAAAAAACAACAUUCUGACUGUGAGCGGGGUCGCCUCUUCACAGAUCUGACCUGUAACUUGGUCUGGUUUGGUCGCUGGAGAUGGAAAGGUUUAAUGCCAUACUGUGGAACAUUCCAGACAAAGCAAAAAUCAAUAUCCAGGAAAGAUAAAAUGAUUUAAAUUAAGAACAUUUGAUUUUAUUUGAGUCAAUUCAACUUGUCAAGUGAAAUUAUUUACCAAAGGAAUAAGUGUUUUAUGAUUUUGUUUCUUAUUUUAAGUGUAAAAAGUUGUUGUUUUUCAGGAUGUGUUUUUAUAUUUUAAGUUCCAAAAGUCUUGUUCCAAUUAACAGAUAAUUUUACUUGUUAAGUGAAAUUUACUCAAACCAUGAUCAAACUUUGUUAAUUCAAGUCGUCUUAACUUGACUAGAUUUUAGUUUUUGCGGUGAAUGCACCUUUUAAAACAUUACGCCGCCAUAGCUCACUGCAAAAAGUAAAUUCAAGUCAACUUAACUUGACUAGAUUUUGUUAAGUUUUAUCAUAAUUUGAGUAAAUUUCAAAAGCAUCUGCCAGUGGAACAAGACUUUUUGUUCUUAAAAUAUGAAAAUACAUCUACAGCUGCACUUAAAAUAAGAAAAACAACAACUUUUUGCACUUAAAAUGAGAAACAAAAUCUAAUUUUGCUUGAUUUAAGUGCAAAAAGUUGUUGUUUUUCUUAAAAGUACUAGGAUCUAUUCUCAUAUUUAAAGUACAAAAAGUCUUGUUACACUGGCAGAUCAUUACUUGUGUGAAAUUUACUCAAACUUUGUUAAUUCAAGUCAUCUGAACUUGACUAGAUUUUAGUUUUUAGGUUGAAUGAACCUUUUAAAACAUUACGCCGCCAUAGCUCACUGCAAAACAAACAAAACAAGUUAAGAUGACUUGAAUUAACAAAUUUCACACAAGUAAAAUGAUCUGCCAGUGGAGCAAGACUUUUUGUACUUCAAAUAUGAAAAUACAUCUUGCUGCACAUAGAAUAAGAAAAACAACAACUUUUUUGCACUUAAAUCAAGUAAAAUUUGAUUUAAUUUCUUAUUUUAAGGGCAAAAAGUUUUUUUUCUUAAGUGUACCAGGAUGUAUUUUCAUAUUUUAAGUACAAAAAAACAACUUUAGAUUAGGUUUUGUUUGUUAUUUUAAGAAAAACACUUAUUCCAUUGGUAGAUCAUUUGACUUGUCAAGUUGAAUCUACUCAGAUAAAGUAAAAUGUUCUUAAUUUAAGUCAUUUUAAUUUAACUAGAUAUUGUUUGUUUUCCAGUGCUCGACGCAGUUUAUGGAAUUUUAAAAACUUUUUUUUUUACAAUAUGGAAACAAAAUUUUACACCUCAGACGGGCAAAGCUUGUGUUUUAAAAUGUAAAGAGAGAAACUCUGUUUGUUUAUGACUUUUUGGAAAUAAUUUGAGCACCUGGUUUAGUCCUGUUUUAGACCUUGUUUAGACCUGGUUUAAACCUCUUGUAGACUUGGUUUGGGCCUCAUUUAGACCUGGUUUGUACCUGGUUUGACCAUGUUUAGGCCUGGUUUAGACCUGAUUUAGACCUGAUUUAGUCCUAGUUUAGACUUUGUUUAGACCUGAUUUAGUCCCAGAUUAGACCUAGUUCAGACCUUGUGUAGAGCUGGUUUAGUUCUGGUUUAGACCUUGUUCAGACCUCGUUUAGUCCUGGAUUAGACUUAUUUUAGACCUGAUUUAGUCAUGGUUUAGACCUUGUUUAGCCCUGGUUUCGGCCUCAUGUAGACCUGGUUUAGACCUGGUUUAGUCCUGUUUUAGACCUGGUUAAGACCUGGUUUAGACCUGGUUUAGACCUGGUUUACCUGGUCUAUACCGUUUUUUUUUACAAUAUAAAAACUAAAUUUUCCACCUCAGACGGUCAGAUCUUGAAUUUUAAAAUAUAAAGAGGUGAACCGUGUUUAUAUUUUGACUUUUUGGAAAUACUUUGAGCACCAUCUUGACCACCAGUACUACUACUACUACUACUACUACUACCCACAAAUAUUUUCCAAGUAUUUGUGGAAUCUUAGCCCGGUUGUUACUGCAUUUGCCUUUUGUAAACGUACAAAAUCUGAAAUCUGAAAGUCUUGGUAUUCGUCCAGGUCUUUGCCGUCUGGUGCCUUUACUGUGUGAGUUCUCGACGUUGUUUUCACCGCGUCUUUUUCUGUGUUUCUUUUGGACUUUUUGGUUUGUGUUUGUAUAUUUCUGUGUCGAAUGGCGUUGGCGACGGAGAGAGAGAGAGCGAGAGAGAUUUUGUGAAAAUGUUGUAAAUAUUUUGAGUGUUUUUUUUGCCAAAUUUAAGAGUCGUAUUUUUGUGUUUGAACAGAGAAAAGCACUUUUGAAUUUACACGUCUCUGCUUCGACCCGGACUCAAUAAAACUGACAAUUAUGAAA